AUGUUAAUUCUAAAACGCUUGAAGAAGCAAGUAUUAAGAAAUACAGUGGCCACAAGCUAUUUAAAGAGCACCGUAUUUCUCAGUUGUCGUUCAUUCCAUCCAACUUUCAAUUACAAAAAUGAAGUUACGCCCAAAUUAGUAGAACCUGUAACCACCACGCAAGUCAAAAAUGAGCCAUCCGAAAAGUCUACAAAUAAAGAGCCGUCGCCUUUUGUUCCAGUCAAAUUCUCCGACUUUAGGGGAAAAGGUUAUAUCAAUAAUGCUAUAUUGUCGGCGUUGCAUAAAGCUAAAUUUGACACAUUGACGCCUAUUCAACAAAGAGCCUUGAUUCCCAUCAUCAAAUCAGAAAAGGGUGUUGUGUGCAGAGCCAAAACAGGUACGGGAAAGACUUUGACAUUUAUCAUUCCAACUGUUGAGAGCGCAAUCAAACGAAUUACCGAGGAACCUGAUGUACAUGGUGUCGACUCUGUCAUUGUCGCACCAACUCGUGAUUUAGCCUUACAAAUUCGUGAUGAGUAUGCGAGAGUUUGUGCUAAAUUACCGCGCUCGAUCCAACCUAGAGUAUCGAUGAUUAUUGGAGGUCAAAGGACAACAUUCAAUCACAGAUCUCCCAGUGAGAUUGUGAUCACCACCCCUGGAAGAUUGGAAGCCGACUUGAAAGACCCAAGGUUUGCCAAGUGGUUCAGGAACGUUAAAUACAGAGUUUAUGACGAAGCUGAUAGAUUACUCGAUGUUGGGUUUGAGCCACAAUUGAAUAGCAUCAACCGUACUUUACGUCAAAUCAGAGAAGAGGAUACUCCUCCAAUGAAGUCGUUGUUAUUCAGUGCAACAGUGGAUGAUUCAAUCACCCGUUUUGCUCAGGAACACAUCAAUAGACGCUAUGAUUACAUCAAUACUGUCCCGAAAGAUGAGCCCGAAGUUCAUGAAAAUGUUCACCAAAUCCUUUACAGAUGUGAGGAUGGCGUUGACAAAUUUCAAUCCUUUUUUGACUACGUGAUCGAUGUAAUUAAAACUGAAAAGAAUGCAAAGAUAAUUUUGUUCUUGCCAACCCAAACGGCCGUUGAUUGGUUUUACGAUUAUAUGCAACAUGCCUCACAUUCGCCAGAAAUUGCCGACGCAUGUUCAAAUUUCGGUAUAUAUCUUAUCCAUGGAAACAGAACAGCCUACCAGCGUAAGAUUGCGUUGGCAGAUUUCAAACAUUGUGAUAAGGGGUUGUUGAUUUCCACUGAUGUCGCAGCAAGAGGUAUUGAUGUCAAAGGAGUUACACAUGUGAUUCAAUUAUUCCCAUCAUCCGAAGUUGCCGAUUACGUUCAUAAAGUAGGAAGAACCGGAAGAGCUGGUGCUAAAGGUAAGGCUGUAUUGUUUACUUCGCAAAGUGAGUUGCCAUAUGUGCGUAAAUUGAAAAGGGAGAGAGGUGUCGAUUUUCAAGAAGUUAUUGACAGUAGUGCUGACAAAAAAUAUGGAAACGUUUUUGACUCCAUCAAACCAUCACCCCACCAAACCAAUGAGUUCUUUUUCACGUUUAUGAAUUAUGUGAUUCAAGUCAGAGGAAUGUAUCGUUUGGAUGCCAAUGAUGUGAUUGAAGAUACCGUGAAUUUGUACCGUUCUUUACUCAAGGAUGAUACUGCUAAAUUAAAUGUAGCAUCGUUAAAGCAUGCAGCACGUCAAUUGGACAGAAGCAUUUUGAGAGAAUACUUUGAACGCAAGGGUGGUGGGAGAGAUAUUGAUGAGUUUAGAGAUGACCGCAGAUCCGGACACUCUAGCAACCGUUCUAGCCGCUCCCCAUCUAGUAGCCGUAAUUACCGUGAUGAAGAUAAUUACAGACACCGUGGAUCAGGCGGAAAUAGACAGCAAAAGAGGUCGUCUUUUGGUAAUGAUAGAAGAGGAUCUUUCAAAGAUAAUAGGAGGUCAAAUUCAAGAAAUUAUGAUUAA